ACGAUUCCGUAAAUUCUUAAUAAACUGUGGAUUUAGCUUCAGAAUCAAACUUCCUUAUUUGUGCGCGUUGCUAAGUUUGGGAAGACGGGACGGUAACAUGCAGGAGAAUUGCGAUUUUCAGUCCACGCUCGUGGAGAACAAACUUUCGGCCGAAGAUAGACUCGACACCGUGGCAAGUAGUGCCUACUUAUCGGAAACUGAGAUUAAAAAAUCGAUCCCGAAAGAGUCGUCGGUGGAUCUGCAAGUUUUGACCAGCUCGUUGCCGGACAUUUUUACCAGGGCGGAAGCGGAACCGCAUGCCGAAUGCUCCUUAGAUCAGCGAUCGUCGACGAUCAAGUCUGUGCCGGAGUCGAUACCGGAAAUCGAUAACGAGGAUGAUUCCAACUGGCUGUCGUACGUCGACUGCAACACGAUCUUCGACGUGAGUUGUGAAAAUCUGUCUUACUACAACUCGACCAAAGCCGAGAAGGACAGCGACAGCGAUUUGGACGACACGUUGAUCUUCGACGACGCUGAGGAGGGCGAGACGCUGACACAGGAUGAGAACGACAGCUGUUGCGCGAAUUCUUACUGCCAGCUCGAGGAAGCUUGCGAGAGGAAGCUCGAUGAUUUCGAUGGAACGUCCGAGGACGGCGUCCUUCCUCCGCUCUCCGGAAAGGUAUCCAUGAUCGAGAUGGAUCUCGGUCAACAGGACGAAAGCGUGGUCUCGGCCGUGGCGAACGCUGACGACGAAGCCGUGGCCGAUACUGAUAGAAAUGAGUGUCGCGAGAACGACGGCUCGAAUCGGAUCGUUGAUUCCGUCGUCAUCAGUUGCGACGAGGUCGAAGAGUCCACGCUGGAGCGCAGGGAGUCGGAGGAUCUCGAGUUCUCGACGGAUUCAGAAGAAGACGAAGAAGGGCAUUUGGUUUAUUCGUCUCCCAACGUGAACAUCUCCGCUUACUUCAGGUUUAGGGACAGCAUUAAAGAACCGAAGUUCGAGGCUACUUUGGAACGACCGAAUCUGAUAUUUUCAAACAGCAAAGCGAAUACCGUGACGCUGGAAGAAAUCGUUGAAGAACCUCUCGAAAAGGGCGACGUAAGAAUAAAUGAGAUAGAAGAGCAAGAGGAAACCGGGAAUGAAAGUUCAUUGAAGAGCAACGAGGAGAAAGAGUCGAGAUGCAUCGAGUUAGGUUCUCCGGAGGAAUAUUUAGAAAGAUUAGCGGAAAUCACAGAACCGGAUUACCCGAAGAGCGAGGAGGAAGUUCAGGAAAAGCUGAAACGAAUCGCCGAAGGGAAAGCGAAGAUAGAGGACAGGAAGAACGAAGCUUUGAAGGAUUUAUCAGCGGAAUUUAAUCGGAUCGAGAAGCUCGUCGAAUUCGAAGCGAAGCCCGGCGACAACGCCUACAAUAGCGAAUCCGACGAAAGUCUGGAUGAGACGAGAGAAAAAGAAAAUAUUGAAAUGCCUCUGACGAAGGAUCAAAUAGCUGAGAAUUUUAAGUCGAAGAACAAUCAGAGAGACUUGGAAGAAGAGAAAUGUCGAGAGUCUCAAGAAGAAGUCUGA